AUGAACGAGCUGCGCUUCUCCCCUCACAGCAGCCUCUUCUCCAUGUGGCCGCACCCCGACCCAGAGAUGGAGAGCAUCUGGUUCAUGCAGGACGCGUGUGGCGGCAUCUGGCGGGCCGACCUGAGCUUUUCGAUGACGAGCAAGGGUCCGGAGCGGCUGUACGAGUGUCCGGCCGGGCCCGCCCGGGCGCUGGCCACCUGUCCCGUCGGCACGCUCAUGGCCGUCACUGGUGACGACGGCCACGUCAGCGUCUUUAACUACCGGACUCGGGACCUGCUGGCCCGCAACCGCCACCCAGCCGGGGGUAACUCACUCAUCUGGCUCACACAGGAGGUGUGCAAACAAACCUGCAUGAUACUGGGUGGCUUUGCCGACGGCUGCAUCCGGCUGCUAGAGCUGCACGCCGGCACCAAAAAGGGCAGCUAUGGCAUGAGUCUGAUGUUCGUCCAGAAGCCCCACACGGCCGCCAUCACCGUCAUCAAGCAGAGUCCCUCAGGUCGGAUGCUGGUGACUGCCUCGGACGACGGCACCGUCUGGUUCUUCUCGCUGCUGAUGGAGGAGGAGAAGUUUGUGGUGGCGCCGCUCGGGUUCUCCCGGUACGGCGAGCCGGGCGAGACAGUCACGUGCCUGGAGUUCGUGCCCGGCAGCGAGAAGAAGUUCACGCUGUUCACGGGCCGUGGUCGGGUGGUCGAGAUGCGAACGCCGGGGGUGAAGGACCUCACCGACCACUCCACCUACGGCAUCAAGGGCGUGCGCGGCCGCAGCUGGAUCUUCAAGACGGUGAAAUCGGAGAUCCUGCAGGAGGAAGCGCGUAUCGCCCGCGAGGAGGAGAAACAAAAACAGCGGACAGCGCUGCAGGAGGACAUCGACGAGCGCAAGAAGGUCGGCGUCGAGGUAGAAGAGGAGGUGGAGAAAGACAAGCUGGAGAAGCGGCUGGCGGCGGAGGACCGCGACAUCCCGGAGAUCCCGCUGGUGGUGCCGGAGCCGCCCUUCACACUGCUGAUGGAUGGCUGGGACGCUGGCUGGGUGCACUCGGCCGCUUUCCGCGAGGCUCGCCCCUCGGCCGUGCGCGUUCCCGGCGCCUCGGACGUCGGCGUCAGCGUACGCCGCUUCAGCCCCGACGGUCAGUACCUGCUGCUGGGCCUCUGCGACGGCCGGAUUCGGGUGCACGCGGUGCAGCCGGACAAUCCCUGGUACCUGGACGACUACUGGGUGCUCUCCAUGCACGAUAACACGUACGGCAGGAUCACCGAUAUCCAGUUUACCUACGACCAGAGGAACGUCAUCACAUGCGGGGCGGACGGCAACGUGUUCCUGUUCGACUUCAAUCCGCCGGAGGGCAUGGCGCGGCCCCGCUCGUCCAGGAUCGCCCUGGUCGGCCCGCUGGCUGAGCAGCGUAAGGCGGCCGUCAAGACCGAGCUGGCCGAGCUGCGGCGCGACUUCAAGCAGUGGAUCGUCCAGAAUCAGGCUCUGCCGAAAGAGGUAGCCCUCAGCCAUGAAGACCUGCUGCUGGACGAACGGAUCAGGGCAGAGCAGCAACGCAGAGCUGAGGAGAACCUCGAGACGGCUCGGAAGGAGAUGGAAUGGGAAGCUGAUAAGUACCGUUUGGGGCGCAAGAAGUUGUUUGACAGGUUCAAGAGCACCGUGGACUACGACAGGGUGGUUGUGCGAGGUUUCAAGAACUGCCGCGAGGUGUGGACGUUCCGCGUCAAGACGCUGUCCGAGAGCUUCCUGGAGGCGCGCGACCAGAGCGACUCGGCCGUCAGCCAGCUGGAGGUGGUGUCCGUCUCCAGGACCGGGUCGAGUGCGGUCCCCUCCCGCUCCCGGAUAGCGGUCCCGGCCGACCCGGACGCCAAUCGGUUUGAGCAGAUGUCGGUCAGUGCGCGCCGCCAGACGCGCAAGAGCGUCGGCAUCCGGGCCUACCGCGCCCUCCUGCGGCUCGAGGAGAAGAAGACCAGGCGGCGGCGCCGCAGAACACAGUGGGCUAACAUGAUGGCCCGUCGGCCCGACCAAAACCGCGACGACCCGACCGACCUGGCCGCCAUCCAGACUGCGCUCGACAGCCUGGGCGACUUCAAGCUGAAAACGGCCGCUGACUUCAAGGUAGUCGACUCGCGCCAGAACACGGCUCGCCUCAAGCGGCACCAGCUCAUCUCCGUCAAGGAAGAGAUUCGCAAGCACAAGACGGAGUUCAACAGCCGCGUGCUGGAGCUGCGCCGCCGGAAGAAGGAGGUGCUGCGCGAAAUUUGCGCAUCACUCACCAGGGCCGGGGAGCUGCAGAAGAAGCUGCCGCCCUCGCAGCACGUCAAGCUGCCGGAGCAGCCGAGUCUGGCCGAUGACGAGUCGCCCGAGGCCAUCUACCAGAUCUCGGAGGAGGCGCUGGCUGAGUACCGCAAGGCGGCGAUGGAGGUGGGCGCGCACCGCGCCCGCCCGGUCGUGCAGCGGUCCGACACCGACCAGACGCUCACCAAAGUCGCCGAGAUGCGGACGGCGUUCGCGCGCGACCAGGAGCUGCGCAAGAUGAGCGAGCUGAUUGAAGAGUUUGACGAGUGUGUGUACGAAGUGUGGAAGGAAAUGGUGCGCAUCGAGUACGAGCUGAAAAACGCCGACCUCCGUCUCAUCACCAGGUUCCGUGAGCUGGUGCUGGUGCGCGAGUUCGAAAAGCAAGAGGCAUUGCUAAACCGCGUACUCCAGGAAAAGAUGCAGGAGGACACGGAGGCACAGAUGGCGCUGGCCGAGGUGACCCAGCGCUUCGAGGCGCGUACACGGGAACAAGAGGAGCUGGAGCAGGGGAUCGUCGCACUGGCUAAGGAGGUCACCAACAACAUACCCGGUGACAAGUAUGCCAAGUUUCUGCUCCGGGUGUACAAGAGGAAAAUCAAACGCAAAUCUGACACCAAAAAAGAUGACGACUCGGACGACAGCGACUCGUCCUCUUCCCUGUCCGACUCGGACGACGACUCGGACUCGGACGAUGAGGAUGAGGACGAGGAGGACGCCAUCCAGGAAACCUGGGACCUCAGCGUGUGCCCACCCGGCUGCGACCAGCAGCUCUACGACUGGGUCGCCCAAACGCGGCUUAAAAGGUAA